CCUUAGCACCAAUCAAUGCCUUGCUGUCUGCUUGAUCUAAUCACAGGUCAAAGUCCCUUCCACGAAGCACUUUCAACAGUGUCUGUUUGUGCUGCUCACUCUUUCCCUCUAAGCCCUUCAACUUUAUCUGUCUCCCCUUCUCCUUGGAGCCGCAGACCUCCUAGGACCCGGUGCUACAUCAUGUUUCCACGUGCAUUGCCGCUGCUCCUGCUAUGCAUCUCUGCAGGCUUGGCUGCCACACUUAUCCAGGCCUCUGUUGAUGGGGAGGCAGUGGAUUCGCCUGCUGACGGGUCCGUUUCACAUGAAGCUCAGGCUGGUGAUCUCCCAGAUGUUCCGCUUAAUGAGGAGUACCAGGCAGAACACAUCUUGAUGGCAGAUGCCCCUGUUGAGGGAAACCCUGCAGAGACCCAGAGUACCACGCAAGAAUCUGAGGAUGAGUCGGACUGGGGCUUCGGUUCUAUCAGAGGGAGUUUCCAGGCAGUGAAUGGCUAUUUUGACUCUAUACUGGAGCUGAUGGGAGGCCGGGAUGGUGUAUGUCAGUACCGCUGUAGACAUGGUAAAGCUCCUCAGCCUCGUGUUGGCUAUCAGAUGCCAGAACCUGAUGGUUGUAGCACCUCACUUCUUGGCUUCCAGGUACCGAAUAGUUUUGAUAUGGGUGUUCCAGCCAUGACCAAAUGCUGUAACCAGCUAGACAUUUGCUAUGAAACCUGUGGCUCUAACAAGUACCGCUGUGACACCAAAUUUCGCUGGUGCCUCCAUGGUAUCUGUGGUGACCUGAAGAAGAGCCUGGGACUCAUGUCAAAGGUUGAAGCAUGUGAGACCUUUGCGGACACUAUGUAUAACACCGUGUGGACUUUGGGCUGCAGGCCCUUCAUGAACGGCCAGAGGGCAUCCUGCUAUUGUGAAGGAGAAGAGAAGGAUGAGCUGUGAAGACCUACAAACCACAAAAACACACCACAUUCAACACAUAUAAACACUUCAAAGGUUAAAACUACUACACAAUGGGUCAGUAUUAUGAUGAAUCUCAUUAAAACACAUCAAGUUCACAUUUCACCACAAAAAUUCAAAGAAACAAUUUGGCAUAUUUUCAUCCUAAAUUCUAUUCAUCCUAAAAUGCGUCACAGUGGUGACAGUUAAGUGGUGUAAUUAAUAUCAUAACGUUAUGUUGUAUAAAUACUACUACUAAAAAAUAUAUAUAUAAUUUAUGUAUCUUUUUUUUUCUUUGCAUUUCUUUGCAAGAGAUUUUUUAAAAACUUUCUUGGUCCUAAAAAAUAGGCACAUUUUAUAUUUUUGGGGUGAAAUAUGACCAUCACAUGUUCUUGACGUGUUCAUGAGAUUCACCCAGUAGCCCUGGUGCUAGUGGAUCCAAUUUAGUUAAAUAAAUACAAAAGAGUUUAUAUUGCAUGUGUAAAAGUGUCAGUUCCACAGAUUUGUAGUGUGUGCGCUUGUGUAUGGGUUUGUUAUAUAGGAAGACAAUAUCCAUAAAAAUAAAUAUUGUCUCAAUUUCAUAUGUACAAUUUUAAAAAACAAUAUCAAAAUUGAAGUUAAUGCUAAAGAUGUAAGAUUUACUGAAGUUAAAAUGUAAAGAACAGGAAAAUUGCAACACAAACGUCCCACAAUAGCUGACACUAUGUUAACUAAUAUUUAAUUUAUUAUUAAAAAAAUUGUUCCAAACUAAGUUGUUAUUUUGUUUUGGCAUAAUCAAAAUAUGAUUUUGUUGAACCUCAGUAGAGUAGUGAUAUUUAUUUAAACAAUGUUUAAUUGUCUGAAUAUCAUAUGCUGAAAACGAAAUGUUAACCUAAGCCAAAUAGUUUUGUUUGUCUUUUUAUUUUAAAUGUAAUUACACGUAGAAUCAGUGUUAAACAGUAACAUACAGGAAUGUUUAUUGCCCUGUGAGAAACAAUGUGACUACAAACUGUGAAGAAUAACUUCAUUGGCUGUAAAAUCACUUUAUUUUCCCCAUCAGUAAAACAGUGUUGAAUGUAAAUGCAAAUUAUCCAUUCAGGAUUGUAAAAUGCUACUCAGUUUCAUGUUCUAAGCUUUAUUGAAAUGCAUAACAUCACCUACAGUAGAUGCAUAUUUUUGGUCAUGUAGAUGAGGUUUAUAUUAAUAUUGCAUCAGAAGCAGUGGAAGGAAGCAAGUGAGACGAGACAGACUUUAACAAAUGGUCCUUAUAUUACUCAUAAAUGUAAGAUUACUGUAGAUAUACAGUUUGGAUGUGUUUAAAUAAAGUAAAGCAGCCUGUA